AUGACAUCACUGAAGAGGACGUUCCCUUGGCUCCUGCACCUGUGCCAGCUGGCGGUCGCUGAGCUGGCAGCGAAAGGGCCCUCCGGUCCCGUGGACAUCGGGGAUCUGGCGGGGCGGCUGACGAGCGACACGCUGGGCGACAUGCUGCUCGGGCAGGACUUUGGCAGCAUGGCGCGCGGCGCCGCGGUCGACUACAUCGCUCUGGUCCACGCGUUCCUGGCCGCCGUCCAAGGCCGCAUCAACGACCCCCUGGCAAAAUGGCGCGUGGGCGCGGAGGCGCGGCGCGUGGCAGCGGCGUACGCGGCGUGGGACGCGGCCAUGGUGGGCGUCGCGCGCGAGGUGCUCAAGGCGACCCCACCAGAGUACACGAUCGCAGGCGCGCGUGCAGUCGGUUGCCACCUGCUGCGCGUCAUCGACCCCUCCUCCGGCAAACCCCUAACCCUGGACAAGCUCAAGGGCGAGCUCUCCAUCUUCUACAUCGCCGGCUUUGAGACCACCUCCCACGCCAUCACCUGGACCCUGGGGCUGCUGGCCGCGCACCCGCAGCAGCAGGAUGCCCUUGCGGCUGAGCUGGCGCGCGUCGGCCUCGCGCCCAGCGACGUGCACCCUGAGCCGCGGCCCUUUGAGUGGGGGGACCUCAGCCGGCUGCCGCUGCUCAACGCCACCAUCAAGGAGUCCCUGCGCCUGUUCCCUCCCGUGAGCGCCGCCGUCGUCGCCGGACCCAAUGUCUGCCGCCUGACCUGCCAUCAAUCGUACUUGCUGCCAUGA